UUGUUGGUCCAUGAAUGGAAUUUUUAGAUAUUGUGCCAGAAUGGCCUGGUAGUGCUCAUGAUAGUAGAAUUUUUCAAAAUUCUCGAAUUUACAUGAGAUAUUUAGAACAUCAACUAAAUGGAAUAUUAGUUGGUGAUGCUGGAUAUCCAUGUCUACCGUUCUUAAUGACACCAAUCAAUAACCCAGUAACGGACGAAGAAAUCACGUAUAAUAACAUUCAGAGUAGGACACGAAACAUAGUGGAAAGAACUUACGGUGUAUGGAAACGACGAUUUCCUUGUUUAUCAAGAGGAUUAACAACCAAACUUCUUUGUUCAACCAUAAUUGUUGUAGCCUGUGCUGUAUUAUAUAAUAUGUCGUUAAGGUUUAAUGAUAAUUUACCAGACGAUGAUUCAGAUGAAGAACAAGAUGAAGACGUACAUGUACCUGAACCAAAUUGGCAACCUGCUGAUGGUUUUGCAUUUCGUGAAGCAUUGAGCGUAUGUUUAAUGCAUAAAAAUUAUAAAUCUAUUUUUAUUUUAUUACAUAAUUUUCUACUUUUUGAAAAGCAGACAUAA